AUGUCGAUAGGGGUUCCUAUAAAAAUUUUACACGAAGCUGAAGGACAUAUUGUCACGCUAGAAACUAUGACUGGUGAAGUGUACCGAGGAAAGCUUGUUGAGGCUGAAGACAACAUGAAUUGCCAGAUGUCUAACACUACGGUAACUGCAAGAGAUGGCCGAGUGUCACAACUAGAACAAGUGUUCAUUCGAGGAAGCAAGAUCCGCUUUUUGAUUCUCCCGGACAUGUUGAAAAAUGCUCCAAUGUUCAAGAAAAUGACACAAAAGGGUUCUGGAGGCAGUGGAGCAGCUGGUAGAGGCAAAUCAGCUAUCCUGAGAGCACAAGGUAUAAUAUUAUCACUGUCAGUUGCUUGUUAAGUAAUGGCCUUUUGUGUUUGCUUCACAUCAAAGAGACCAUUACUUCAAAUUAAAUCGAACUUCAUUUUGUAAGGGGAGCAACCUCAGAAUACCUAGCCACCUCGAAGCAAUGUCAAUCAACUUCUCACUUAGUCGUGCAGUGAUUAAGCAAAUGGUGUGUUUUCAAUUCACGCUCCCACACUCCCAUUGUCCUGUAGGUAUUUCUGAAGUUUAGCCUCUGAAUGCCACAGUGACCUAAGACUGAGGCAGGAUUUGCUUAGUUCAUUACGGAAUCGCGCCUGUAGAUACGCGUCGCUAGUAAAUGCAAAUUUUUCUGUCAAUCAAAUGUGUCCUAUUAUUUGUAGGUGGAAAUUGGUAAAACAUCAUUAUUGUUUUGGAGACAAUAGAAGAACAAAAGAUAACAGAAAGAUCAAGUUAUGCGGUCUUAAAGCGUGUUGCGUGACUUAAAUCAGUUGGAGCAUUUCUCCUAGCUUUCCCGCAUUAAAACGUUGGAAUGAAAAGUCUGAAGCUUAGCUUUUAAAAUCUUGAUAGCCAAAAUAAAAGCAUUUGGGAAUUCAAAAUCGAUAUUUUUGUCUCCGGCGGAUGAACGGUAAUUUGCAUAUAAGCGUAAGUGAAGCGAAAUAGAUACAAAUUGCCGUGGUUGUAAACACAACGUUUCCUCGAAGUUUUUUUCCUUUUGAAAGCGUAAAUUCGCAUGAAAGAGCUCAGCUUGCACAAAAUAAUAUAAAAUGAAACGAAUCAAGUCGAAAAGUGGUUAAAAAAGUCAGGAUAUUUCAAUUCGAUGGAAAGUAAGUGAUUGGGUAGGUGAUUUGCAUACUGAUAAAAAUAACGUCUAGCGCAGUUCAAAACCGUUCGGCUUCCUGAAUUGUUUCCUGGAAUUCAAUACAUUCUGCUGGCCUAAAUCGUUAAAAUAUGUCAUCAAGUCAAAAUAUUUAUCAAGUUGAGCGUUUGCACUUCCUUAUAAAACAGAGAGUAGUGCGAAAGCUUCGAUCUAUAGAUGUUCUUAAGUUAAAUUACCUUUGUAUCGUGGAAACAAUACCCUAACACUUGAGUCUUGAAUCAAAGGACGCGACAUGCGUCGGCUCCCUUUGUGAGCGCGCAAAUAGUCAUGGGACCCGCGAUUUUGCGGGCGACACGGAUCUACAGGCGCCGUUCCGUAAUGUGAUAGAGAGCUUGACUGCACAGUGGGAGGUCUCAGGUUCAAUUCCCCUGGGGCUGGACCAAUAUCAGGGUCUUAAAAUUAGUUUAGAAGGGAAGUUAAUUCCUUUCCACUGCAACCGGCUAGACCUUUCUGUGGCUCAGGCAACGGUGUAAAAUGGCAGUCGCAGGGCAAGUAAAUUUUGAUCUCUGGCAAGGAAAAAUAGAAGCUUGAUCAAAUUAGACUCAGUGGUCCAGUGAAUCUGUCUGAAAGUGUCAGCCUAGUGGAUGGUAAUUACCAGACAAUAACUAAUUCAAAACUGAAGACUGCAAGAUGAGUUGGACUGUUAAUAGCAUGAAUCAAUUUAAAAUCCAAAUUCGCGUUUGCUUGCUCGUGUCACUCCUCCAAACACCAUAUUGGUGAAAUCUCAGACAAAAUUUGUUUCUUGUGAUCAUAAUUAUAUAUUAUAUUAUAUAUUAUAGUAUCUUAUAUUUAAUAUAACUAUGAUCACAAGAAACAAACCUUGAAGCACAGAAACACACCAAACGGAACAAAAUCCACCAAUCAAAAAUCACAAACAAUGACCUUUAGAACCCAUUGAAGUAAACUACUGUUUCCUAAGAGGUUUGCCAAGAUGAUUGACGGCAGCAAAAAACGGGGCAGUUGGCUGUUGCCCCUCAGAAUCUGUGUGUUUUUGAAAAGCACAGUAAGUGUGGGAAAGCUUGUUAACUAUUCUUUAACAUCAAUUUGAAGCCAAGCCAACUAGAGACACAGCAAAGGCACUUGAAUCAAAAUGCAAGAAUAAGGAUUUGAUGCCUUUUCUGUAUGCAGCAAUGGCACCAAAAUUUAGGGAAAAGCUAGAAAAAAAACUGAACGAAACUUAAGCCUCAUUAUACUCAUUUCUUGUGUUAUUUUUACAGCCGCUGCAAGAGGAAGAGGCGCACCAACUCGGGGCGGCAGAGGAGCCAACGUUUUCCAAAGAAGAAGAUAGUCUU